UAGGAACUCGAGAGUCGUGACAUCGAUAGGCGAUAUUCGAUGUUCGAGGGUCGCGAGUCAAGAAAUGAGACACCCUUCCGUCUCCAGGGCCUCCAGUAGCCUUGUGACAAUCACAAAUCAGCUGAUGACGUAACAGGCGACGAGUGGCGGAGAGAAAAAGUAGUGUGCUCGGCUAUUGGUGUUGGUGCGCUGGUGGGCACAAGCGAAAUAUGGCGUAGGAUUUCGUGGCUAGUUACAUCGGUUGCAUUUUGUAUUUUCCACAGACAUCUCUGAACAGUUGCGAGCGUACAUUACUAGUAAUAAUAUUUACAAUCGGGCGUGGCUGCGGUUAUAUUAGAAAUUUUAGGCAUGAGUGUCGACGCGUACGGGCCUAGCAGCCAAACCCUGACUUUCCUCGACACGGAGGAAGCAGAUUUGAUCGGGGCAGAUACGCAGGGGAGCGAAUUCGACUUCACUGAUUUCACUUUACCCUCACCCAGUCAAACCCAGGCUUCCCAGCACGACGGAGGCCAGAGCCAACCCGUUCAGGUUAAUGGCACAACUGGUGGUGGUAGUUCUUCGCUCGACUUGAAAAUUACCGGCGCUACUCAAAGUCUUGCCGAACUCCAAUUUGAAGAGGAAGAAGAGGAAGCAUACUACAAUCGAGACUUGCCAGAACAUGCUUGCAAAUACUGCGGCAUUCAUGAAGCAUCAUGUGUCGUUAUGUGCAACGCAUGUCGCAAAUGGUUCUGCAAUGGUCGUGGCAAUACUUGUGGUUCGCAUAUCAUCAAUCAUUUGGUCCGUGCCAAACAUAAGGAGGUCACUUUGCACAGAGAUGGACCAUUAGGUGAAACGGUACUGGAAUGCUACUCCUGUGGUGUAAGAAAUGUUUUUGUGCUGGGUUUUAUUCCCGCCAAAGCCGACUCUGUGGUUGUGUUGCUUUGUCGACAACCCUGUGCCGCCCAAAGCUCUUUGAAGGAUAUGAAUUGGGAUCAGGAGCAAUGGAAACCACUAAUCGCGGAUCGCAGUUUUCUGGCUUGGUUGGUUAAGAUCCCAUCUGAUCAGGAGCAAUUGAGAGCUAGGCAAAUGUCUGCUCAACAAAUGAACAAGUUGGAAGAGUUAUGGAGAGACAAUGUAGAUGCAACGUUUCAAGACCUAGAAAAACCAGGGGUUGAUGAAGAGCCGCAACAAGUUCUUCUGCGAUACGAAGAUGGAUAUCAAUAUCAAAAUAUAUUUGGUCCACUUGUGAAGUUGGAAGCUGACUACGACAAGCGCCUUAAGGAGUCACAGACGCAAGAAAACAUAGAGGUACGCUGGGACGUAGGUUUGAACAAGAAGACCAUUGCCUACUUCAUGCUUGCGAAAACGGAUGGUGAUAUGAAACUGAUGCAUGGUGAUGAAUUGAGAUUGCGCUACUUAGGAGAGCUCCACAAGCCAUGGUCAGGAAUUGGCCAUGUGAUAAAGAUACCUGAUAAUUACGGAGAGGAAGUUGGCAUUGAAUUAAAAAAUAACUCAGGUGCACCAACAGAAUGCAUUAGCAACUUUGUUGUGGAUUUCAUUUGGAAAAGCACGAGUUUCGAUCGAAUGCAACUGGCUUUGCGUAAAUUCGCCGUUGAUGACUCCUCUGUGUCUGGAUAUAUUUAUCACAGGCUUCUUGGUCACGAAGUUGAAGAAGUAUUGUUUCGCUGCCAUCUUCCAAAACACUUUAGCGCUCCAAAUCUACCAGAUCUGAAUAGAUCACAAGUUUAUGCUGUCAAACAUGCCGUACAAAGACCUUUGUCCCUUAUCCAGGGGCCUCCAGGUACUGGUAAAACCGUAACUAGUGCAACCAUAGUUUACCAGCUAGUAAAACAAAACGGAGGUCCCGUAUUGGUUUGCGCACCCUCUAAUACUGCCGUCGACCAAUUGACUGACAAGAUCCAUAAGUCUAAUUUAAAAGUUGUGCGUUUAUGUGCCAAGUCGAGAGAAGCUAUUGACUCGCCUGUCAGUUUCCUUGCCUUGCAUAACCAAAUAAAGAACAUGGAAACAAAUAACGAACUGCAAAAGUUGCAGCAACUGAAAGAUGAAACUGGUGAAUUAUCGAGCGUUGAUGAAAAACGUUAUAGACUUUUAAAAAAGACAGCAGAGAAGGAGCUUUUGGAGGCUGCCGACGUCAUUUGCUGCACCUGCGUUGGUGCAGGAGACCCAAGAUUACACCGUUUGAAAUUCCACUCGAUUUUGAUUGAUGAAAGCAUGCAAGCUACGGAACCUGAAUGCAUGGUGCCUGUAGUCUUAGGAGCCAAACAAUUGAUUCUAGUUGGUGAUCACUGCCAACUAGGACCAGUUGUAAUGUGCAAAAAAGCAGCUAGAGCUGGCCUAUCUCAAUCUCUAUUUGAACGACUUGUCGUACUGGGUAUUCGUCCGUUCCGUUUAGAAGUUCAAUACCGUAUGCACCCAGACCUAUCUCGGUUCCCAUCCAACUUUUUCUACGAAGGCUCUCUGCAGAACGGUGUCUGUGCAGACGAACGGAAGUUACUGAAAAUUGAUUUUCCGUGGCCUGCGCCUGACAAGCCAAUGUUCUUUUACGUAACCCAAGGACAAGAAGAAAUCGCCGGUAGCGGCACGUCGUAUCUUAAUCGAACCGAAGCUUCUAAUGUUGAAAAAAUUACCACCAGAUUUUUACGUUGCGGUGUGAAACCUGAACAGAUUGGAGUAAUCACACCGUAUGAAGGUCAGAGAGCUUAUCUGGUUCAGUACAUGCAAUACCAAGGUUCUCUAUACUCUAAACUCUACCAAGAAAUAGAGGUUGCCAGUGUCGAUGCCUUCCAAGGUCGAGAAAAAGACAUAAUUAUCAUGUCUUGUGUUCGGUCAAAUGAACAUCAAGGAAUUGGAUUCUUAAACGAUCCUAGAAGAUUGAACGUUGCACUUACUCGUGCUAAGUACGGUAUAAUCAUUGUUGGAAAUCCAAAAGUGUUGUCGAAACAGCCUCUGUGGAAUCACUUGCUUAGUUUCUAUAAGGAACAGAAAGUUCUCGUCGAAGGACCCCUGAAUAAUUUGAAAGAAUCAAUGAUUCAAUUUGCCAAACCUAAGAAACUGGUAAAUGCUGCUAACCCAGGAUCUCACUUUAUGUCAACUUCUAUGUACGAUGCAAGAGAAGCUCUAAUUCCUGGCUCUGUUUACGAUCGUUCUGGUAAUCAGGUGAACGGUACUCAAAAUCAUAAUCCGUACUACCAGAGAAAUGUUCCGCUAGAUAUUUUCAGCAGAACUCAUGAUACGAUCAGCUACAUUAGCCCAGAGAGAGCACAAGCUGCUAUGAACAAUGUUCCGGUUCCUGUUGGAAUGUUCAUGAACAUGGCUCAUGUUCCACCGCGAUUCUACAACCAACAUCAGCAAGCCCUACAAGCAAGGCAGAAUCUAAGAAAUCGCAGAGGCGCAACUUCGGCUAAAAACAAAGCUGGCCUUCGGGGAAGUAAACUCAGUCAAACGGAACAAAAUACGCAGCCCUAUAGCCAACCAGGACUCCCGCUUACUCAAGGAACUACGCAAGGAAUGUCACAGCCAGGUUUUAGCCUGUCCCAGCCGGGUCUUAGUCAGGCGGAGUUGUCACAAGACUCGUUUGCAGUUGGUGAGUUUCAGUCACAAAUGGACGGUUUAUUGUCUCAGGAUUCUACUUAUCAAGGAGAUAGAAGCGGAUUUUACCAGUCAGGCCAGUCGCAAGCAGGAGGCCAGUUCUCCCAACCGUACUGAGCCGAAAAGAUACGGCUGAACAACGCAUUCGCCAUGCAGCGUCGCGGGAGCGACUGAAGGCUUAUUAAACCAACUCUUCUUCGACAAAAAAUACAAACCAACCAACUGCGUAAAACGGUAAAACGGCUCGACAAACGAGUACAUAUAGUACAAGUCGUCGGUAUGAUGAGAGGUGACCAUGCCGAGGAUAACUAUAAAAUGAUGACAAACUGAUAUGAGUAACACCGCAACGCAAGUGAACGGACCGUUUUAUCGCGGGGAUCGAGUGACACUGGAAAAUGGGACGUGUAAUUCACUUCUAAAUUGACAAGCGCCGACAUAGCAGUAAUGCGACCAGACACCCCAUGGCAAGGCGACAAGUGCUGAUCGGCACAUUUAUAUCUUAAACAAAAUGUGGAAGAUCUGUAACGUUUUUUCUUCUUCUAAUUUCUGGCAACCUUUCGUACCUUUAACUCCAACUGGCUAAUCUGGCUAGAUUGUUUGAAUGCCAGCGACAGAGGUAGUUAUGUAAGGUGCAGGGUUUGUUAAGCGUUUCAGUUCUUUUAAAUUUUGUCUAAGUUUCCGAUAGAAAAAACUUGGAAAACUAACUAUCUUCUAGACAUCAGAGAGGUAUCAUUGUUAACAAGUUACCUCUACUGUUCAUCCUCUAGAUGUCGAAACGCAUAGAAACGAUAAAUUUUAUGCCGAAAAUUGUAAGCGCAUAAAUUUCAAGUGAACACAGGACGAAAUCCUUGUGAAAUUUAUGAAGCCACUAAUCAUCCAUCAAGUAAUGUAAUCUAUGCUUCAACAUAGAGUUAGAUUUCUUUUUCAUUUUUCUUUCAACAUUUUGGCAUAAACUAAACAUUCUAUUAACGUCAAAGAUCGAUAUUCUUAUUAUGUUUUGGUUUGUUGGUUCAAUGUUUAUUUACUGCUAAAGCCAAACCAAACUGCAACUAGAUUAUUUUACUUUCUUUAGGUCAUUUAUUUACUGAUGGAUUAAUACCACCAAUUAAUCGGACAGAAAGUAUGCUACCUGCAUCUUGGAACAUUGUGCAUAAGAGUGCUUAUCGCUGAUAACAUUAUGCGACAUGGUGGAUGUCUGAUGAAGAAAUGCACCUAUUCACAAUAUUUAAGAUCGUUUAAAGUUUUAAUAUUAUUUUUAAUAAGGGAUACACACACAAAUGCAUAGUCCGCUAGAGUGUUGGGGGGGAUUUUAGUUACUAAUCCAGCCGAAAUAUCAAUGGUGUAGUACUGAUUAUUUCUUUUCGUUGUUACAAAAUUAUCUAUAUUCUAAUUUGGCAGCAAUAGCAUUAUUAUUAUGAAAUAAUAAUCAGCGUAAUACAUCGCAAAAUUAAUAUAUUUCUUUUUUGGAUCGAAAACGCACCACUAGCUAUAAAUUACAGUAUGAAGAUUCGUUGUAAAAUCUUAUGGUACCAAUAAAUUUGAUUUAAAAAUA